UAUGGUUAUCUAAAAAUAUUCCAAAUUUCAAUUGCCUAAACAUAAUCGUUUAAGUUAUAGAAAAGUUAUAAAGUCGCUCUGUUCCUAUUUAUACAAAAAAAAUGUCUGCUCCAACCGAGUUAAGUUUCGAUGAAAUACUUAAGUUUAUGUUAGCACACAAUGGUAAAGUUACAAACCACGAACUAGUGAAGCAUUUCAAAGUUUUUCUUAUGAAUCCUGAGAUGAGAGACGAAGCAAGAAGUACUUUCAAAAAGAACGUUAAUGCACUCGCUAUAAUAAAAACUCAAAACAAUGAGAAAUGGCUCAUACUCAAAAAGAAGUAUAUGCCAAAUAACGGUAAAGAUGUGGAAGAGGUCAGUGAGACUAAAGCCGAGUCACCACACGUGGGCUCUCUUGACACGCAAUUAGAGUCUGAUCCCCCACCACCUCCAAGGCCGCCGUUACCAGUUCAACUUAAUCAGGAUUUCAGUUUAUUGACUAAUCUUAUACAAGAUACUCAGUGUAAUCCAAUAAGCGAAACCCAAGAAAAUCUUGCUUUAGCACAAAGUGAAGAUGUACCACCAAAAGUCCAUCCGAGAAGGAGAUCUUCAGAAAAAAACUUGGAAAAACUGUCAAGUCCACAGACACAGUCUCACCGUACCUCUAUACCGAACAAUGAAAGUGUUGAGAUAUCUGAGACCUCACAAUCUACUUUGACUUCAUCAAGAAGUGAGAGCAUGCUGGUAGACAAUGAGCACAAGAUCUCAGUGAAGGAAAGAAAGCAAAUGUUCAAUCGAAUGGCCUCAGAAAGUGAUGUCUUGAAAUCAAAUAAAAUUGGUACAAGCUUCAGCACAAUGGGUACCGACGAGGAAGACAGGAUUUCGCUUGACCAGAAAAGUGAGACAGAUCCUUUGGAUUCCAAACAAAAGCAAUGGAUAUUGUGUGCCGCGAGAGGCGAGUAUCACGCUCUUGCUAAAAUGUGCAAAGAAAAUGCAAAACUUGUGAAGACCAAGGAUCCUUUUACGGUAAGUUUACAUAGACACGACAUAUUGUAAUCACCGGACGAAGGCAGUAAUUACGCGGCAUGUUAUGGAGCUUAAUAAAUAUUUUGAAUAUUAGCUUCGGUAAACAGCAAGGAAAAAAACUUUUUUAGUGGAAAUUACAUAACAACGCACAUAAAGGUAGUAUUUAUUUGUCACACAACACUGUAAUGAGGAUUGUUUUUAACUAGCUCUAAAUAUUUUUUCUACUUUUUAUUUUUAGUUAAGUAAUUUAAAUGCUCAUAAGGUCACAGGUAAUAUAUGGAAAGAAAGUGCCCGUACUUAAAUCGUGAUACUAGUGUGAGUUCGAUGCAUGUGACUAGGAGAUGUAUGAAAAUGGUAGUGCAAGGUA